GGGGCCAUGACCGGGACACAGUGCAGUUCAGGAUCAAAGAGAAGGACCUGCAGAAUGCACACAACAAGGUGUAGGAUGCAAACCACUGCUCCGGUGCUGCGCCGGUUUUGCAAAGAGCUGGACGCAAUACUCAGCAGCAACUCCACCUCCACUGUGAUGACUACUGUGGAUACUUCAGUGGCUCGCAUGCCAGUCGAAAGUGAACGGAGCCAAGAGGAGGAAAUCUUGGAUGAGGAGGGGGACCCAGAGGUAGAGGAUGACUCUGAGGUCAGAGAUGCAUGCGGCCAGGACUUCUUUUCUACCCCAGAGGAGGCUAGCCAGUCUCAGCUAUCUGAUGUUGGUGAAGUGCAAGCAGGAGAGGAGGCCCCUGAGAUGACCUUGGGAGCCCAGCCUCCCUCUUUGUUAUUGGCAGCUGAAUGGCUGUGCAGAAUUAGAAGGCGGCCGAGAAGAGCUAAGGAGGACUUUCUGCCUGAUGUUAUGAUGCACUCCGUCACUGAGAAACAGAAAUUGAAGGAGUGGCAGGACAGCGAGAAGAGGGACCGAAAGGAGAACACGGCACGCCAGAAUGAAGCCACGGAGCGGCUCUUAAAGGUUAUGGAGCACCAAGCAGACACACUCCAGGCGAUACUAGCUCUGCAAACCAAGCAGCUUCGCACCCGCCCUCCCCCACAGCCGCUGUCGUCUCAAAGUUAG